CUGACAAAACCCAAAACUUAUCCCUGCAUGCACACCCAUGUGAAUUCAGCCACCACGGUUUAAGUCCAAUUCCCCAAUAUUUUAUUGCUCAUUCCCAAAAACCGAGGUUUCUUUCCCACAACGCCACACGUUUCAAUACCACCUGGCGUACGGCUACUGGUCAAUUCGUAUGCUUUCAAGCCCCGUUGUAUUGUCUGCUUGCCCGUUCCACGUGCCAACCCUGUUCUUUCGCUUGAUGUUACUACGGUCGAUUCCGACCUCCUAUCGUCAUGCCAGCUGCGCUGUCUUCAUUUACCUGGAAGGACAGCCAGCUUAAGCUGACUCAGGAGAGAUAUGAGGAGUGUACAACCGACCUUGAGUAUACGGCCUGGAUUGUGAACGAGCUUUGUCAGUGCCGCUUCGCUCCAGUCGCUAAGAUCCUGCAUGAGAAUAAGCCUAACCUGCCCGCCGCAAUUGCUGACGACCUGCCGGCCGUGGCAGCCCAGGACGGCGAGCCCUUCCCUCGACGCGACUGUCGUCUCCGACCGCUGCGCGCAGGCGCAGGGCUGGACGGUACUCGGCGCGCCACCGCCAUCCGCGCCAUCGCCGGGCAGCGGGCGAUCGCCGACGGCCGGAUUUACUCCCCACGGUGUCUGCCGUGAUACCCUGGUGGAUUGGUAAAACUGCCUGGAACGGAUUAAGCUUGGCAUUGGCCCUAUGUGACUUUUAGCCGGCUCUUAGGGAGCAUAAGCCACUAGACUUUCGAGUUGAAGAAACGUCUCGAGAGUGCUGGGACUUUUAGCUAA